AUGGACUCUGCAAUGUCAAUACACCCCAAAACCCGCGAGGAAUAUACCAUAGGAUGGAUAUGUGCCCUACCGAAAGAACAAAUAGCAGCAGUGCCGAUGCUAGAUCAACGUCAUUCGGAUCCAAAGCUAUACAAAUCGCCAAACGACACAAAUGCUUAUUUUUUCGGUUCUAUCGGGCGUCAUAAUGUGGUUAUAACAUGCUUACCUCUUAAGUGCUAUGGCACCAAUAGAACUGCUAAAGCUGCGGCUCAAAUGCUCAAUAACUUUCCUUCGAUUAAGAUUACCUUUAUGGUUGGGAUAGGAGCUGGAAUCCCGACAAAAGUGGAGUUGGGAGACGUGGUUGUGGGUACUGAAUGGGCACAAUGGGAUUUUGGAAAAGUGAAUGGGGAUGGCGUAUUCGAACAUACGGGUCGAAAAUGUUUUCCGCCGGACGAGUUACUUUCGGUCAUGUCGAAGAUUCGGACCGAGCAUAGCUUGCGUGGAUACACCCAGAUACCUGAAUAUAUACAAAACUUAGGGAUGGAACGCCCACAUUUAGCAUCUGAGUAUUGUCUCAGACCAGACGCUACAGAAAAAUCGCAGUCUACGUUAAACAGAAAUCCCGAGGACAUCAGAAUCCAUUACGGCUUGAUUGCGUCAGGCAACCAAGUCGUAAAAGAUGCAAAAGUGCGCGACGAUAUCAACAAGCGUCUCGAAGGUCAGGUUCUCUGUUUGGAAAUGGAAGCUGCAGGGUUGGUGGGAAUUCCUGCUGUGGUGAUACGUGGUAUUUGUGAUUAUGCUGAUUCGAAUAAAAAUGAUGAUUGGCAAGAGUAUGCCGCUGCAGUGGCAGCUGCAUGUGCCAAAGAAUUCAUAACCUCUAUCGAGCCAGCUGCAGCGAGAGAAAUUCAAAUUAGCAGAGAAGACUUUGAUAGAGUCGUCAACGAAAUUGCGAUACUCCGGGGUAGCCUAGCUGGGGACGAAGAGCGUAAAAUCCUAGAAUGGAUAACCCCAAUAGACGAUAGCGCCCAACAUAACGAUUUCUUUAAUCGAAGGCAGCCAGGAACCGGCAAUUGGUUUUUGAACUCUUCUAAGUAUCAAAACUGGUUACACACACCGAAAUCAAUACUAUAUUGUCCAGGAAUCCCUGGAGCGGGAAAAACAAUUCUGACAUCGGUUGUUAUUAAUGAUCUACUAGACCGGUACUCGUACGAUCCGGCCGUUGGGAUCGCAUAUAUUUACUUUAAUUUUCAAGGAAGUGCACAUCUACGUAUCGACGAUCUGUUGUCGAACCUGCUUAAACAGUUACUGCGUAUCCAAAAUACGUUACCAAAAUACAUACGGCAGCUCUAUAAUCGCUACAGGGGCGGUGGUCGGCCGUCCCGAGCAGAAAUCAUGGAUUCUAUCCACGCUAUUUCUGCAGCAUACUCUAGAUUCUUCAUUAUCAUAGACGCGCUCGACGAAUACGAAGAGCGUUCAGAGUUCCUCGAGAAAGUAUUCGAAAUCCACGAACUUCAACAGUUAGGCAUCUUCGCGACCUCACGGCCUAUCCCUGAUAUUAAGGAUAAAUUUAAGGGAAAAGAAACAUACACAGAAUGCGAAAUACGGGCUUCUGAUGGGGACGUUCGAUUAUAUUUGGAAGGUCAGAUCUUGCGACUCGGGACUAAUGCUAUAAAAUCCAAUAAGGAGAUUAUUAAAAACAGAAUUUCAGGGCUUGUUCAGGGAAUGUUUCUCUUAGCCCAUCUACAGUUCGAAGCGAUUAAAGGGAUGACAACGUUAAAGGCGAUAAGGCAAAUAUUGGGCGGCUUUGGUAGUGGCGGAACAGCGUCGAACAGUGCAUACGAUAGUACAUACAGAUCAAUUAUGGAGAGAAUCCGCAGAAAUGACAAGCAAUCAGCUACGACACUUAAAGUCCUGGCAUGGAUAGCUUGCGCAUCGAGGCGUCUUACAAAAGCGGAGUUGCAGCACGCCAUUGCAGUCGAGCCCGAGGCGCCGACAGGAAUCGACAACGAUAACAUCUCUGAUAUUGAGGAUCUCAUUUCGCCGUGUCUCGGGCUCGUUACAAUCGACAAAGAGAGUAAUAUUGUCAGAUUAAUUCAUUAUACAGCACAAGAGUAUUUUGAUCGAACAAAACAGUAUUGGUUUUCCAAUCCCCAUGAUUAUCUUGCGGAAACAUCCAUAAUAUAUUUAUCGUACGACAAUUUUAAGUCCGGGCCUUGUUUAGACGAAAAGGGCUUAGAAGAAAGGGUGCAGUCAAAUGCUCUCUACAUAUAUGCGGCACAUAACAUCGGUUACCACAUUCGAAGAUCGUCCCCCGAGAGAACCGAGACCCUAUCCUCGAUACUACAUCUCCUGCUUAACGACAACUUGCGCUUAGCCUGCGUCCAAGUUCCGCUUCUCACUGAACAGCCAAACUCGCUCCGAUGGAGAUACCGUAUAGACGGAAUGCAAGCGCUUCAUGUCGCAGCGUAUUACGGGUUAACCCGGGCAGUGGGUGUACUAUUGGCGGAGAGGCGGCCGAACUUGGAGGCUAAAGAAAACUACGGCCAGACGCCAUUGUCGUUGGCGGCGGCAGGCGGGCACAAGGAUGUUGUUGAGUUGUUGAUUAAAGGAGGAGCGAACUUGGAAGCCAAAGAUAGAUAUAAUGAAACGCCCUUAUACGUCGCAAUAUCCAACCGGAGAGAAACGGUCACCAAAUUGCUGAUAGAGAGCGGGGGUGAUGUGAGUAUCAAGAAUCGGUUUAAUACAACGCUCAUAAAGGCUGCAAUUAAGGCGGAACACGAAGGGAUUACGCGAUUGUUAACAGAAAGAAUGAUGGAUGUAGAGGUUGAGGGGCAGUACCCCCCAAUAGCAUGUAUCGCUGCGCGAUACGGGUAUGAGGAUACCAUGAAGCAACUAAUUGAAAGGGGGGUAGAUUUGAACUUCACUGUGGUGUCGAUUCAGAAUCCGUUCAGAGGGUCAGGUCCAUUAUGGCUCGCGAUAGAAGCUCAACACGAAGGAGUCAUCGGGCUGAUGGUAAAUGCCGGGGUAGAUUUGGAACAACAUCAUGGCCAUAAUUGUGAAACCCCGAUAUUUUUCGCGGCAAGACGCGGGUACGAGGCCGUUGUUAGAGCGCUGGCCAGGAGGGCGAACCUUGAAGCCAAAGACGGUACAGGCAGAACGCCACUUUUAAUCGCAGCAAAGAAUGGACACCGAGGCUGUGUUGAAAUACUAUUAGAAAGGGGGGCGCUCGUGACGGCUAGUACCGUGUCGGCAGCAUUCGACAACGAGGGUGAAUAUAUAGCUACGUUGCUGUUGAAGGGAAUGCGGAGCCCGGACGCCAGAGAAACACUACUGUUCACCGCCGUCCGUCACGGGUACGGAGGUGCAAUCAAAUUUUUAAUACAACAACGAGCCAAUUUAAAAGCUCAGAACCACGAAGGACAGACACCCUUGUUGAUCGCGGUAGACGAGGCAUAUAAGGCAUAUAAGGCAUAUAAGGCAUAUAAGGCAGUUCGUAAGCUACGCAAGGCGGGUUUUGAAAUGGGAGCAUUGUUGAUCGCCUUACAAAGGAGGGAAGAGAUUCUUAGACUGCUGUUAGAGAAUGUAGAGGAUCUAGACGUACACGAAGCAACCAACUUAAUGUCACACGCAAUAUUGAUAGAAGGGGGAAACAUCACCAAGCUGUUAAUAGAGAAGGUUGCGGGUUUAAAAGAUGUUUACAAGCGACAAAUAGCGCUCCGUUAUGCGGUAAUGAAUGGAAACGAACGUAUCGUCAGAAAUCUAGUCGAAUCAGGUGUGGACAUACAAUCCAAAGACAAACACGGCUUCACGCCUUUGAUGGCUGCAAUCCACCUCGGAUACAAAGGUCUUGUCGAGUUCCUGAUCAUAAAGGGGGCAUCGUUGGAAACCAAAACUGAAGGCGGCCGGACAUCUCUAUCGAUCGCAGCACGAAGAGGUCAUGUGGAGAUUGUCGAGCUACUGAUCCACAGUGGGGCUAAUCUCGAAAGUAAAAACAACCAGUCUCGAACGCCACUAUCAAUUGCAGCAAUGAAUGGAAGAGAAAGUACUGUUAAAUUGUUGGUAGGAAAAGGAGGAAACUGGAGAACAACAGACAAAAACGGGGAUACACCGCUAUCACUUGCACGACAAUUUGAACACGAGUCCAUUGUUCAAUUCUUGACAGAUAUUACUAGAGAAGUUAAAAUAUGA